CCAGUGAAAGAAAUCACCUCAAAUGAGUGUGGUAAUGAUGACUUAUCCAAGCAGUCGUAGAUAAAGAUAUUAACAUAACGAUAUCAACAGGAAGAUAUCAAUAUAAAGAUAUAGUAAUAUAAAGGUUAUUGUUAUUUAUUCGUAGAACAUUAUGAUAUUAAUCAACCACUUAAUAGAAAGUUUGUAGAACAUAAAUGAUUGAUAUACGCUUGGAAGUCGUAGAGGGCAUCUUACUAUGACCCAUAUUAAGGGAGAAAUGCCAAGUUCCGUGUUACCGAAUUCGCGUCGCGUUUAGUUCGGGGUAGCGCAAGCGUCUAGACGCUCCAAAUGGAGCGUCGGGACGCCGACCAGUCUGUCCACGGCCAUCAAGGUCGACUGUCAACGCGAAACGACGCCCAGCGGAUCAUGUGUAUAUUAGUGAUAACGUUAUUGGACAAUCACAUUGGUGUCAAGGGUGAAUCCACUAAUGAACAACAGUUAUCACGGACCAUCAUUGAAAUGGAUAAUAAUACUAAAAUAAUGUCAAUAACAUCAAUGAAUAUUGAGGUUUUAAUGACUUAAAAUUAUUCAAUGGAUUUUAUACAAGAAAGUCGUCCUGGAAAAAGCGGGUCUUAUAAGACUCGUUGAAACAACAUGAUAGUAAAUGCGAUGGCUUCAUUUUCAGCAACACUAACAGCAAGUACACAUGUUCCGACGUUAAUAAACAUCACUAGUAUCAACAACAAAACGAACAUUACGAAUAUUGAAAAUUUACAUCCGGAUUGGACUCAACUAAUAGUUUUAGUAGUAAAAGCUUGCGUAUUUGGUACAAUCAUAUUGUGCGCGGUUUUUGGUAACGCUUUGGUAAUAAUAAGUGUGCAUCGACACCGAAAACUUCGGGUGAUAACUAAUUAUUAUGUAGUGAGUCUUGCCAUGGCUGAUAUGUUGGUGGCGUUGUGUGCGAUGACUUUUAAUGCUAGUGUUGAACUAAGCGGCCAAUGGCUUUUUGGUGCUUUUAUGUGCGACGUAUGGAACUCAUUAGACGUUUAUUUUUCAACCGCCUCUAUCUUACAUUUAUGUUGCAUAAGUGUUGAUAGGUAUUACGCUAUAGUUCGUCCAUUAGAGUACCCACUCACAAUGACAACAAAGACUGUUAGUUUUAUGUUAGCAAACGUUUGGAUAUUACCGGCCCUUAUUAGUUUCACACCAAUUUUCUUAGGUUGGUACACCACAGAGGAACACAAAGCGUAUAGAUUAGAAAACCCCGAUUCAUGUGAUUUCGUCGUCAAUAAAUAUUACGCAAUCAUCAGCAGUUCGAUUAGUUUUUGGAUUCCAGGAAUCGUCAUGUUAACUAUGUACUUAAGAAUUUAUAAAGAGGCUAUUAGGCAACGGAAAGCCCUAUCACGGACUUCCAGUAAUAUUAUACUCAACUCGAUACACCAACAUAGAACAUCUACUUACAAUCCGAGAUACACGGAACAUUUUCUCCAUCCUUCCGAUGGCGAACUUAUGACGAUUGGCCAGAUAAAUGGGCGAAGAAGUACUAGUUCCGGUUCCGCUAUAUCUUACGGAACCACCUCUGGAGAUAACAGUAAAGCAGCUACAGAACUAAAUAUUAACGGUACAACAAUAAGACAGCAAUCUAAAAGUUGGAGAGCUGAACACAAAGCCGCCAGAACUUUGGGUAUAAUAAUGGGAGCUUUCAUGUUGUGCUGGUUACCAUUUUUUCUAUGGUACGUAAUAUCGACUUUAUGCGGCGGAGAUUGCUCGACGCCGGGCGUCGUCGUCGCCAUGCUUUUCUGGAUCGGUUACUUCAACUCCGCCCUUAACCCCCUCAUAUACGCUUACUUCAAUCGAGAUUUUAGGGAGGCUUUUAAAGAUACAUUACUUUGCGUCCUACCAUGCUGUUUUGGAUGUUGGAAGAAUCCAGCCAGAUUUCUCUAGCAAAAGGACGACCUUCCCACCACAAAAAUUACCGCUCCUAUAAUAGAUGAAUCUCCGGAACGCCUUAAAGACGAAAGGUUGUAAAAAAACGUGUAUUAUAAGUAAUUAAAAUUAAUUUUCAUUGAGAAAAUUAUUUUCAUCCAGCUCAAAUUGAUACACAAAUUAUAAACGAAUUGUAGUAUUUAAUAAAAACGGUUGGUGGAUUUAUUAUCAAUGAUAUAAAUAUUUCUUGUUCUUUCUCUAGCGAAUAAAAACAUUGCUAUAUUUCUUGCAAUGAAUCGGUGUAGAAAUCUUAAUAAGAUAUCUAUAUAAAAUUUUUUUUAUAAGAUCGGUUCGCUGCUUGUGAUAUAAAUAGAUAUUUCACCUAGCUUAGUUUUAAAUAAUAGUACAAGGGUGUACAUGACAACGGAUCUCAAAUUACUAUCCAAUUUAACAUUUUUUUAAUGAAGCAAUUAUUUAGAAACAUUUUUAAUUGGUUCAUUAAAUUGGUUUAGUUGCGUAAUAAUUUAUAAAAUCUUUUUAACAAACUAUCUACAUAUUUGGAACAGUGGUUCUCAAUCCAUUUUAAAGCAAUUUCGAAGCAAUCGAUAUUUCUUCCUUGCAAACUUUCAUUAAUAACCUAUUUAAAAUUAUGUACUUACCAGAAAAUAUUAGGUGCUAUUUAUCCACAAACUACUUGAAAAACGCUACAUCCACCGAUAUCGAUCAAUUAAGUUCCGUUGCUAUGGCUUCCUUAUUUUUUUGUCCCCACUGUAAAUAAUUUAAUAAAUAUAGAAUGGUAAUAUAAAAGCUACAGCGUCCAACUUAUUUUUUAAUCAUACUAAUAGCAAUAAAGCAAGACUUUAGCGAGCUAAUCAGUUAACUAACUUACGUUAGAUGCUAAAUCUCAUUAUCCCAAACAUUCCUAAAAACAUUAAUCUGCAUAUUUCUGUGAUAUUGCGCUAAAAACGAUUGGGUAUAAGAUAAGAUGGAAUGUAAGAUCAUAAAAUAAUAAAAGGAAAGUGUACAUUUCUAGACUUAAAACGCAUGUAUACGCAAAUAAAAAUUAAAAAUUUACUUUAUAAACAGAAUUAGCUAAUUGUUAAGUUCUUUUCUAAAUCUGCGUGGUGAUAUCUGAAAUGAAUAGUAAAUAAAAUCGCAUGUAAAUAAAAGUAGCAAUAAAAUGUUUCUAAUAUGGUGCAAGUUACAUAUCUAGGUUAAGCUAAUCGACUAAAAUAACAUGUAUAAUGUAUAAAAAAAUAUUUUCUGUAAGAAAGACGAUGAAAAUAACAAAACGGUUGUACAAAAUAUUAUUUUCGGUCUUCCCCACUUGAUGCUCAAGUUUACCACGGAACUAAAAAAAAUCCUACGUUGCAAAAUACAUCGCUGACUCUGCACGUUUUUUUUUAAACAAGCUCUACAAAGAUAUUUAAAUGAUAUUAAAAUGUACGUGUAUUGUUAUACGUAUGUUGUAUAAACAGACAAUCGAGUAGGCCUAUUUUGUAUAAAAAAAUAAUAUGAUUGUGUCAUGUAAACCGGAUGUCUGACUAAGAAAUGUAUAAAUUAAAUGUUAUAUGUAAUAAAUAAAAAGCUAUACUCAAACGAUAUAAUGGAAAAUAAACUGAUUGUUAAACUGUU